UGCGCCUGCGCAGCUAGCCCCGCUCCAGAGGCGGAGGCGACGCGCUGGAGUGAAGAUGGAAGAUUACCAGGCUGGCGAGGAGACUGCCUUUGUCGUGGAUGAAGUGAGCAACAUCGUAAAAGAGGCCAUCGAGAGCGCGAUCGGAGGCAACGCCUACCAGCACAGCAAAGUGAACCAGUGGACCACCAACGUCGUGGAGCAGACGCUGAGCCAGCUCACCAAGCUGGGGAAGCCGUUCAAAUACAUCGUGACCUGUGUGAUUAUGCAGAAGAACGGAGCCGGGCUGCACACGGCCAGUUCCUGCUUCUGGGACAGCUCCACUGACGGUAGCUGCACGGUGCGAUGGGAGAACAAGACCAUGUACUGCAUCGUCAGCGCCUUCGGACUGUCCAUCUGACCUCCCGGCCUCCUCCCGUCCCGGCGCUUCUGGUCCUCCCGCCCCAGGUGAGAGUGCGGUGAGCACCUGUCUGCUCUUUGUCGCUGGCGCUCUGCACAUGUAGAAGAAACCCUGUAGCUGUCAGGCCCCGCACACCCAGUUCAAGAACAUCGCCGCCCCCCGGGCUUAACUCUGAACGUUUCUUUUCAAAGGUGCUAAAAACUGGAAUCUGUUAGUGUAAAACUUUCUCUAUUGUCAAAUGAUUCAAAUACACUAAUUUUCCAUACUUUGUACUUUUGUUAGAAUAAAUUAUUCCAAUUUAAAGUUUGUUUUUCUUUGUACAGUGUCACAGCUGAAUUCUUCAGGUAACUUCAGAAUCUAGAAUACUAUAGAAGACAGUUGUAGUUCGCUCCUCUGGGGCGUGGUGUGCGGGGUCACCCAGGGCAGGGCCCCACCGCUUCCGGGCGCGGCUGCACUUGUCCCUCUGGGCACCACACUGCUGUGCUCGGGUCCCGCCCUGCCACGCGGGUGGCAAGCAGGGGCGGUGGCUGCGUAGCCCUUGGCCAGAGCUCUGCUCGCCCCGUGGGCCCAAGUCCCAGACAGGCCCUGCCCCAGCCCUUGCUUUUCGGCAGCAGCAGUCACGAGCAUGUCUUUCUCUUAGAGUGCCCAGAUCCUCUCACAUUCAUUCGUUUUGGGCUCACACAAUGGGGUGUUUCUGAUCACUGGAUGUGUUGGGGGUUAUCUGCGUGUAAAGUCACAUGCAAGAAAGUGGAGCGGUGGGCCCAAUCCUUGACCUUAGAGCUCAUUUUCAGGCCAUGCUGACGUGGUAAUAAAGAUGCUUCGGUGUUGGUUUGCUGAAAAGAAAAGCCUGGCGCCCGAGAGCCCGUGCGCUGCGUGCCGGGUGAAG